AUGUUGGUUUUGUUUGGAGGUGAUACAUCGUUUAACCAAGCGGCAUGUGGUAAACGAUGUUACAAUGCUCUCAAGCGCGUGAUGUGGCAUAACGAUGGCCCAGCAGAAGAUGUUAGUUCUCUAACUGUACUGAUUGACUGGAUGACGGACGGAGACAAUUAUGAGCGCUAUCGAGGUGGUGACGCUCAAUCCGGAGAGAAUAAAACUGCUCUGGCGCAGAAAAUUUCGCGCUUAAUUUCUCAAAAGGGAAUCAAGACUGUUCGAACUGCGAAAGAUAUAACGAACAAGAUUGCUAGUCUUGAAUCCAGCUAUCGGUCCGUGGUAGAUUUCUUGCAUGGCUCUGGCCAAGGGAUAACGGAUGAGACCUCAUUACGUGACAAAAUUCUGCAGAUAUGCCCAGAGUACUACGAACUUCACGACACGAUGAAUAGUCGCGUUGGUACACGAGCUCAGCUAUUGAAUACGGACCCGGGGUAUUGGAAAGAUGACACUGAGAGUGACGGGAACAGUUCCAGCAGCGAAACUGUGCCUCAAACAAAGAAGUAUCAAAAAGAUGAUUUACCAUCACAACCCGCUUUAUUACGUCUGAAGGAAGCGCAGCUGGUUCAUCAGAGAGACUUUCAGCAUGCAGAGCUUGGUGUACGCGAACAAGAACUUCAUCUUCGAGAAAAAGAGUUUUCGGCUAGAGAAAAACAACUGGAAAGUGAAAAACUACUGGCGAUCGCCCGGGUUGGUGAAGCAAAUGCACAAGCAAGCAAACUCAUGGAAGAAGCCGAGCAUUGGCGUCAGCAACGGCGCGUCACGCUCCUCCGAGAACGCAAGAAGCUACUGGACGAAGGCGUCUCAAAAGACGAAAUUGAUUUCCUGCUGCCUCUCGUCUCGGACCUCGAGCAUGUACGCUAG